AACUAAAGCGAACGCGGGCGCCGGGCAGCGACAGAGAGCAGUAUGUCAUCGUUCGUUGACGUCACCGCGUGUCCGUCCGCGCUCUCCGCGGCGGCGGCGGCGGCGUCGUCCGCGGGCGGAGGGGAGCGCGCAAAACGCGCCGCGCGCGAGUCUGUGUGCGUACGACGUUGGCGUGUGUGUGCGUGCGCGCGUCCUGAAUGAAUGAACCCCCGGUCGCCUUGGGCCGGUCCUCCGGUCCGUUCAACAGGUCACCAUUGGUCAACCGGUGGCCGGGUGGAAAACCCACGGUCGCGCGGGUGGGGGGACCGGCGGGCCGCCCUUACGUUCGCCGCCGCCGCUUCUGCUGCCGUUGCCGCCGCUCGGUCCACCAUCGAGACUUAAAUGUCCACCGGAGUCAGGUGGCUAUCUCAGUUGAUCGUUUUCGGUCGACGGUGGUCAUCCGCGUACAAAUGAUAUAAUAUAUAUAAUAUUAUAUAUUAUCGUCGUCGUCGUUAUCCCGUUCAACGCCGCUGCACGCGAGUUUUCACACUAUUUAUUUAAUAUUAUUAUUAUUUUGUUUUUUUUUUUUUUUUUUAAUUCGAAUCGGUCGUAUCGACAACAGACUUUUCAGUUCGUGUCCGAUAUAUAACUCACGCACACGUUAACUUAUAUUAUUAUUGCUUUCCGAUCGUUAUUUUUUUUUUUUCGAUAUUUUUGUUCGUUCGUAAAUCGACAUUGCUUACACGCCGGCACGAUAAUAACGACGUCUCUCUCGGUACGCGUGUGAUUUAUAAUAUAUUCGUAUAUCGUUAUUAUAUGAACCGCGAUCAGUUCGAUUUGGCGGACUGCUCGAUAUUCUCGACGGAAUACGUUUUUCGACCGUUUUUCAUUUUCGUUUUCCGCUUCAACUCGCCCUCCGACGACCUUAUGGAGUCUUACGGAGGUGCCGGAUGCGUCGACUGUUGUCGAGAACACUGCAGGCAGCGAACGCCUUCGGUGCCGGUCUCGGCGACCGCGCCAGACCGUCGGACGCCGCCACUGCUGCAGACGAACCGCGGACAAACCGCCCCUAGGAGAUUCGAUUUCGCCCGCCGUUCUUGUCGGCUUUUUAUCGCUGGUUCGUUUGUCAUCGGACUGAUAUUAGUACCUUGCGCCAUGUCCGCACCAACCAAAUCGUCAAAGUCUCCAUCGCCGACGCCUCCACGCCCGAACGUCGCGACCGGCACGCCGUUUUGGCACAACCCGUGCGGCACGCUUUUGACGUACGACGGUAGCGGUGGCGGCGCCACCGGCGCCAUGAUAAGCAGCGCCGUUGGUCACGACAUUAUGAUGAUGGAAUCGGAAUCGGAAUCGGAUUCGGCGAUGCGGCGCGAAGAGGACAUCAUCCACGGCAUCGUCGUAGCUGCCGGUCAGGCCCUGACGCACGCCGAACAGUUCACCGGCGCUUUCGUGGUCGAAACGUUUCACGUCGACGUCAAGAAAAACCAUGACCACUGGAAAGGCAUCACGCUUGAAUGGCUAGAAAUGGCUAAAUACAUGCCGAAAGCGCUGGACGUGCCGCUCAGCAAGUCCUAUCUGGCUACUCUAACGUUCAGAGACGUACUGCACGCUGUGUACGUUGGCAUGCAAAACCUGGCCGUGGGCCUGGAACAAGUGGCAUUGGACCAGGAUCGGGAGAUGCUCCCAUACGCCAAGUACUUCAACGAGACCACUUUGAAACUGAGAACUAUCUUGUGCGAAGUGUCGAUGGCAAUUUACGACAUCAACGAAACGCCGGAACCGCACGUGUCCAGGGACAUCAUGCCGAUAGAGUCGAGGAAUUCACGUGACAACCAGUCGCUGAGGGACUGGCUGAUACUGCGCGAGUACAUGACUAGCCUUCAGUACGUGAUCGAGGCUUUCGGAUACCUGAAGUCGAAGAGAUAAUAGACGCGUACCGAUCGCUGCCGCAGCCACAGUCUCUGUUCGCAUACUCCAUCAUCAUCACCGCUGAUACAUAUUAUUAUUAACUAUUAUUGUGAUAAAUAUUCGUCGUCGCCACUUGUUUUAUUUCCCGCACACGUCACUUAUUAUUAUAACAUUUAUUAAAUAUUAUUGAUAUUAUUAUUAUUACUACUAUAAUUCGACAUUAUAUGGAUGCGGACGCCGAGCGUUUACGUUUAGUUAAUUACGUAUAUACUUAUAAUAUUUAUAUUGUGCUUAAAUGUUUAAUACUAUCGAACGUAAAAUCAUUCAUCCCUCUCUCUACCUCCAGACCCCUCGACUCAUCCACCGCUAAUGGUCCCACCUCCACGCCAUCACCUCGUCCAAGUUGUUAUAAUAAGUAUAAUAAUUUUAAGUCAUUAUUUGUUUAAUGAUUUUGAUAUUUUAUUCGAUUUAUUUUCAAACGACUCGCGCACUAGCGUACAAACGUAUUAUUAUAUUACCUACCGCGUACAUAUAUUUUAUCAAUAUUAUUAUAUUAUGUAUACUAUCUAUAGUUAGAUAUAUUUUUUUUUAGUGUUAACAAUUUUUUAUUUACUGAAUUAUUUAUUUAUUUAUUUGGUACCUCCGCGUAUCCAGACUGUUAUUUACACGUUGUAUAAAUGUUUAUCGAAUUGUUUUUACGACGACCUAUAAUUGUAUCAAACAUGUGUCUAGUUUGUUAAAUUCAUUGUAGUUAUUAUUAU